GCCGUUGGUUAGAGUUUUCUUUCAGCCGAAAUUGAAAUUUGCGUAUAUGCUCUAAAUUUCCAUCAUGGCUGAGACUUUGGAUGGCGGCAUAUAGAAAGCUGGUGAAACUUCCUUUAUGUCCUACCCCACUUUUACUUUUCAGUCACGGGAAAUGUGUUGUCCACAAAACUUGUAGAAAAAUGCUACUGUGCUUUUUUUUUAAAGUUUAAUGCUUUCUGGUUGGCCUACUUUUUUGUUAUCGUAUCGUACACGUUAUCGUUAUAUGUACACGUAAAUGUUAUAUAAUUAGACGCAUCUCAUUGGAAAUAAAAACUCCCUCCUGCUCAGCGGAAUUUGCGCCCCGUGAGUCUGACGUCAUGUCUUAACUCGGCAGUCCGCAUGCGCGGUAACGCGGCUGUCUGUGGUGCUGAAACGGUAAUGGCUAGCUGUUAUUUUUCUUCAUGUACAUUCAUGCAUUUGUUUGGGUAAAAAAUUACAGCUCUGUGUUUCCUUGAAAUUACUAUUAUGCAUUUUCCGUUCCACGCUUUCACAUAGUUACCGAGCAGCUGUUUAUUGUUAAUGUUAAUCACGACAUGCACUUUUUAUUUACCUGGGAAUGCUGGUGAAUUCAGCAAACGUUGUUCCUAUGGAUGCUUAUAGCCUACAAUUUAGCAUAAUGUAAAAUGCAUGUCUAAAUAAUCACACAUUCACUUCCAGUGAUAUCCCUAACAAGAGGAAGAAAGUGAUUCAGUAGCCUACAUGGAUGAAGAGUUUGUGUCAGGUGUGGCCCGCCCUGUGAGUAACAGCAUCUCAGAACAGCGUUCAAUGCUGCUGGUUUCUGAAGGUCAUGGUGACCAGAUCCUCAAAGUUUUAUGCACAUUCCGUGACAAAGGAAUGCUUUUCGAUUUCCACAUUCAAGUUCAGGGUGAGAUCUUGCCAUGUCAUCGCUGUGUCCUUGCUGCUUGCAGCGACUUCUUCAAGGCCAUGUUUGAGGUAAACAUGAUAGAAUGCGAUGGUGGCUUGGUCACACUGAGUAAUCUCUCCCCAGAGGCUGUACGCAGCUUUCUGGACUUUGCAUACUUGGGCCAGAUGGAAAUCAUUGAAGAAAACGUGGACAUGCUUUUCCAUCUGUCAUCUUUUUUACAGGUGAGUGCGCUCUCGCAGGCCUGUAGUGAAUUUUUGAUCCAGACGCUUGACCUCUUUAACUGCCUUCACUUGUUGGCCAUCGCUGAGGGAUACGGCUCAUCCCGCCUACUGCACUAUGCUAGUGAGUUUGUGAUGGCAAACUUCCAUGCACUUUCCUCCAGUCCAGACUUCCUGGAGAUGCCUGCAGGAAUCUUGCGGCACUGCCUAGCCUCAGAUACACUCAGUGUGCCAGACGAAGAAAGUGCACUGCGAUCAUUGAUCCUGUGGACUCAGCAUGACCAGCAAAAUCGACGUAGUUUAUUUCCUGAGCUUCUCACUCACAUCAGACUGCACCACCUUCCCCCUGCUAAAUUAGAGGAAAUAGGCCAGUCUGAAGUACUGAUACUGGACAAUGAUGACUGUUCCAGAGCAGUGAUGAAAGCAUUGGCAGAAGUGACAGACUUUAAUGGACUUUUUACAGAUGCCCGUCCAUCCACAAUAUCCAGCUACAUCUAUGUGCACAAAACAGAGGAAAAUGGUGAGAAACGCCACACAUUCUGCUACAAUGUGUCAGCCAGACAGUGGCACCAGCUGCCGAACUCUGGGCUUGCAGACCUCCCUGGCUCAUCCAUUACCAGUAUUGGAGAGAAGUUGUUUGUCAUUGGAGGAUGCCAUGGGAAAUGUUGCAGGACGGUGAGACUUCAUAUUGCUGAGCCUGAGCAUGAGGCUGUGAGGGAAGCAUGGUGCUACUCUCCUGUCACUGGAAAAUUUGUAGAAAUCCAGCCCAUGCAAUGCCCACGAACCAUGCAUGUCUCUGUCGCAGCCCUGCACCAUAUUUAUGUCAUUGGUGGUAAAAGUCUGGGAAUGCAUGGCCUCCUUGAUGUGGAGUGCUAUGACCCCCUAGGGAACACAUGGAAGUCUGUGAGUCCAUUACCACACCGGAUCUACUUCCCAGAGACCGCAGUGUGUGGCACCAUUAUCUACACUCUGGGCUCAGAGCUGGAGACUUCUGAUGCUUUCAACCCAACACUGGACUGUUUUUUCCGCUAUGAUGCUGAAGCUAAUGAAUGGUGCCAGCUGCUACCAGAGUUUGGCCAGUUCUUUCAUGCCACCCUUGUUAAAGCUGUGUCUAUUAAGACAACACUCUACCUGUGUGAUCUGUCCACAUAUAAGGUGUACAGUUUUUGUCCAGACACCUGUGUCUGGAAGAUCGAGGCCUCUUUUGAGUGUGCAGGUUUUAAUGCAGGUGCCAUUGGUGUGCAGGAAAAAAUCUACAUCCUAGGAGGGGAUUAUUCUCCUGACGAGAUCACAGAUGAAGUGCAGGUUUAUGACAUUGGGCAGAGUGAGUGGCAGGAGGUCGAGCCAAUGCCACAUGCAUUAACUGAGUUUCACUGCCAAGUGAUCAGUUUUAACCACUACCAGGAUCCAUGGAGAGUUGAACCUGCUGAGAUACAAUAAAGACACAAGCACACAAUAAUUGAUACUUUUGUUAACUCACAUUCUUACAGGAAACAAAUGACAAUAUACAUUCAUAUAUAUACAUAUUUCCACAGAGACUAAUAUGUGCUGUCCUCCACAUAAUAAGAUUAUAAUAAUAAUGUAACAAUGCUGUAGUCUUUAGUAGAAGUGAUAACUAGCUAGUAAAAUCCUUACACAUGCUUGCUUUAUGACUCCAGUUUCAGCACAUCAUUUUUUGCGUGUCGAGUUGAAAAUAAUUCUUUAAAUAUAUGAUAUUUAAGCUCAUGUUUCU